AUGAUUUUAAUAUAUUAUGCAUUUUUUCUAGUAAUUGAAUACUUUUGGGAUAAAGUUCAUCAAUAUUACAAUACUAACAAUGAAGGUGAAGAUGAUGAAAUAAUUCAAAAGGAGUCUGAACCUGAUUCAUCUAAUAAAAAAUAUAAAAGACCUAAAAUUGACACCUCUAUAGUUCGUCGUAGUAGUAGAAUUAGAAAAAAUAUAAAAAAAUAA